GGUAGCAACGGUCCAUUCUGCGAAGACCAUCAGACCAGCUGAACGGUGAUAAGACUCCGCAGUCGGACACCUCUCUGGUUCUUUCCGUUUCAGCUGCCGGAGUGAGAAGGAAACUUUUCUGCGUUGUGGUUGUUGAGGGCCUGAAAAAUGUCGACGCAGUUUUACCACAUGAGCACUAAGUUGCUCGAGGACACUAUGGGUAAAAUGAACGAGAACUUGACCUCCCUGGUUCUGGCUGCUUCUCUUUUUACUCUGACUUUGGGUUAUGUCUCCAAAAGGCUGCUCAAGGAUUCUGAAGACAAAGACGCGAAAUAUCCGCCCUACAUUCCCUCCAGCAUCCCAUUCCUUGGGCAUGCAAUUGCUUUUGGAAAAAGUCCAAUUGAAUUUCUGGAAAAUGCUUAUGAAAAAUACGGUCCCGUGUUCAGCUUCACCAUGGUGGGGAAAACUUUCACUUACUUGCUGGGCAGUGAUGCGGCCACACUUAUGUUCAACAGUAAGAACGAAGACCUGAACGCAGAAGACGUCUACUCCAAACUGACGACCCCAGUGUUCGGGAAAGGAGUAGCUUAUGACGUCCCAAACCCUAUUUUUCUGGAGCAGAAAAAGAUGCUGAAAACUGGACUGAACAUCGCUCAUUUUAAAGAGCAUGUAAAGUUAAUUGAGACAGAAACCGUUGAGUAUUUCAGGAGAUGGGGAGACAGUGGAGAGAGAAAUCUGUUUGAGGCGUUGUCGGAGCUGAUCAUCCUGACCGCCAGCAGCUGCCUCCAUGGGAAGGAGAUCCGCAGCAUGUUAAACGAAAAAGUGGCUCAGCUCUACACCGACUUGGACGGGGGGUUCAGCCACGCCGCAUGGCUUCUGCCCACCUGGGUUCCUCUCCCAAGCUUCAGGAAACGAGACAGAGCUCAUAGAGAGAUCAAGAACAUCUUCUUCAAGGUGAUAGAAAAGCGGAGGAAAUCUGGAGAGACAGCCGACGACAUCCUGCAGACUCUCAUCGAUGCUACUUACAAAGAUGGUCGGCCGUUGACCGAUGAUGAAAUUGCAGGGAUGCUGAUUGGUCUCCUCCUGGCGGGUCAGCACACAUCGUCUACCACCAGCGCCUGGUUGGGCUUCUUCUUGGCCCGGGACAAAGCUCUGCAGGAUCGCUGCUACGCCGAGCAGAAGGCUGUGUGUGGAGAAGAUCUGCCGCCGCUCGACUUUGAUCAGCUGAAAGAUCUGAACUUGUUGGAGCGCUGCCUGAAGGAGACCCUGAGGCUCCGCCCACCUAUAAUGACCAUGAUGAGGAUGGCUCGCACACCUCAGACUGCUGCAGGAUACACCAUCCCUGUCGGCCACCAGGUCUGCGUCUCCCCGACUGUCAACCACCGCCUGGGUGACACCUGGAGGGAGAGGAUGGAGUUCCGCCCAGAGCGGUACCUCAACGACACUGCCGACAAGUUCGCCUACAUCCCGUUUGGCGCCGGUCGCCACCGCUGCAUUGGGGAGAACUUCGCCUACGUCCAGAUCAAAACCAUCUGGUCCACGUUGCUGCGGAUGUACGAGUUUGAGCUGGUGGACGGAUAUUUCCCCACAAUCAACUACACAACGAUGAUUCACACCCCGCAUAACCCCGUCAUCAGAUACAAAAGGAGGAAGCAGUGAGAAACGGAAGGUAGAUGAGGAGAAAAUCAAAGACUUUCAUGAACUUCUUGGUUUGGAUUUAAUCGAAGCUCUGACACCCUGGGACUUGAAGGAAAUGCAGAUUUAUGCUCCCAGUGUCAGCCCUGCAGUAAGUCUGAAGACUAGAAUGUCAGCAUCAUUUUAGAUGCUUCCUUUGUAAGACACACAAAGCUAAUGUGAGUGGGAAGAAAAGGCCAUUGACUUUUAUUAAGAGUUUGAAAAUAAAAUGUCUUCCUUAA